AUGUUAAUACCAACUGGUGUGAUCAUUUUAUGGUACUGCUGCUGCGGAUUGCUCAGUCCUAGACAGAUGUUGCGCCAUCAAGGUCUCCUCAAGUGCCGCUGCCGCAUGUUGUUCAAUGACCUGAAGGUCUUCCUGCUCCGGAGACCCCCUGCCCCCCCUCCGCCCUCGCCACCGCCUCUCCUCCCCAUGAACAGUGGAGAUCAGCCUUUGGGCUUACAGGCGGCCAACAACAACACCCUGACCACGCUGCAUGGGGGGCGAGGGGGAGCCUGGAGGGCGCAGGCCGCAGGCGGGGGCGGUGGCAGCACGGCCAGCCCGCCCGAAGAGGACUGGAGCAGCCCUGCAGGUGAGCAGCCCAUGUCUAUGAUGAGCAGCGCUUCCUCAGAUGACUUCUGCAAAGGCAAGGCGGAGGACAGGUACUCGCUGGGCAGCAGCAUCGACAGCGGCAUGAGGACCCCUCUCUGCAGGAUCUGCUUCCAGGGGCCGGAACAGGGGGAGCUCCUGAGCCCGUGUCGCUGCGACGGAUCGGUGAAGUGCACGCAUCAGCCGUGCCUCAUCAAGUGGAUCAGCGAGCGGGGCUGCUGGAGCUGCGAGCUGUGUUACUACAAGUAUCACGUCAUUGCCAUAAGCACAAAGAACCCCCUGCAGUGGCAGGCCAUCUCUCUGACCGUCAUCGAGAAGGUUCAGAUAGCGGCGGCCAUCCUGGGGUCCCUCUUCCUCAUCGCCAGUAUCUCGUGGCUCAUCUGGUCGACCUUCAGUCCUUCCGCCAAGUGGCAGCGCCAGGACCUGCUCUUCCAGAUCUGCUAUGGGAUGUAUGGCUUCAUGGACAUUGUCUGUAUAGGUCUAAUAAUCCAUGAAGGGCCCUCAGUUUACCGGAUUUUUAAACGGUGGCAGGCGGUAAAUCAGCAGUGGAAAGUGCUGAACUAUGACAAAACAAAGGACAUGGAGGAACAAAAAACAGGGACCAGGACAAACCAACGACCCUCUUCCCAAACCAACCAUUCGUCCUCCACCGGUGGUGCAGCCAGCAACUCCACUCCCGCCGACAACGGGGCUCGGGGCACCGGCCAUGCCACGGGCACCCUCUCUGACCACCACUGUGCUUAUACCAUCCUGCAUAUACUCAGCCACCUGAGGCCUCACGAACAGAGGAGCCAAUCUAGCACUAACAGAGAGCUCGUUAUGAGGGUUACGACGGUCUGA